CGACAUCGAUGACGGCAGCGUUUGAUACCGGCUGGCCUUUCGGCAAAGAAUUAUGCAUUGCCUUAAUAUCCACCACAGGAAUCGGAUCCAUCCGCUUUGGCCAUGUUGCGAUGGAAAUUCGUCGUCCAGAAAUACACCCACCCACCGCAUCGCAUCAGCUUGCCCUUUCCGAACCCCGGCAUCCGGAUGGAUCGUCGUCGAGCCGCGCUCCUUUUGAUUCUCAUUUGGAGUUAUUCCCUGGCGGUCACUUGUCCACCCCUGUUCGGAUGGGGUCACACAUCACAUCACGAUCUUGUAGCCGCCCACAUAAGUUGUUCCGUGAAAUGGGAGUCGAAGAAGAAGAGCAACCAGUUGUAUAUCAUGUACAUUUUCAUAACGGGACUCUUGAUCCCAAUGCGGCAGCAAUCGUCGCCUCCUACGGCAACAUUCUGCGCUCCGUUCGAAAUUGGAAGGCAGAAAUGAUGAGCUGCAAGACGGAAACGAAUCCGCAGCCAAUGGCUCAGCUGUUGCACAGCCCAGCACAAAAGAAGGCGAGCCGGCAGAGCGAUGCCGCCGAGAAACGGUCGACAGUCAUGGUGGCCGUCAUGAUCGCUGCCUUACUGAUCGCCUGGACUCCUUAUUCCAUUCUGGCGCUUAUCGAGACGUUCACUGGCGGAAACGACGGCAAUUCCAGUCCAGUCUCUUGGCCAAGACGUCGGCUGUUUUCAAUCCCAUCAUUUAUGGCUUUUUUAAUACUCAGUUUAAAUUGACUUGGGACAAAUUCUCACUACGGUUCCUCCAUCGAUCCAGUCGCCCAUCAGCCUCAGCCCGCAGCAGAACAUUCCCAGCCGGUCCAAUUUCUCGACGACUCUUCUGGCUAUUCAACAAGGAAUUUGACUCGAAAAGGUUACAAUCUCAUCAUCCAAAGAGCAUGAGAAAGUCAUCGACUUUUGUGUCGAGCAAGUACAUCAAGAAAGUGAAAUACUUUAGUAGCAUCAUGUCGUCGCUUUAAUGCAUUCAAAAAGUCGACUCAUUCAGAAUGCUCAACUUUAGAGCAAGAAUAUCACCUUUUUCUCUAAUUCCCCACCAGAUUUGUAAUUCAAACUCAUUUAAAGUAACUAGUUCUCCAUCCGCUCAACUUUGAACCCCCUGUUCAAAAAAUCAGCUGAAAAGUCUUUGAACCGAGUCUCACCGAAAAGUUAGUAAUGACGUACAACAUUUCUAAGCGAGACUUAAUAAUUAAUACAGAAAGAUAUUUUACCAAAAAAAUUGCGGGACCGGAUUUUUUUUUACGUGCACGAGGAAGACGAUCGAUCGUUGCACAACGUAAAAAAAGGGACUCGCCUGUGAACCUCGCUCACUGUCAUCCCACACUGUAUACGGACUUUACAGCUGUUGCGUAGGAUGCCGUCGCCGUCGUCGCCGCCGUCGCGCUCUCUAUAAAAGAAGAUCAAUUCUUCUAGCCAAGGCUGACUUUUAGUCUGAGUGCCACGGCACACGCAGUCUCCCACUUGUGUUGGCUCUAGUCCUUGGUAGAUUCCAGCCUUUCUGCUCUAGCGAACAUUUAUUAUCCGUUUUCUAUUAAGUCGAAGUGAAAUGUCGACCGUCGAGUUCGACACGAGCGGCGCUAAAGUUCUUUGGGUCGUUCUGGCGACACUUCUAUCGUGUGCAAGUGCUUCGAGUUUGGAUGGAAGGAAUGUAGUAGUCUUUGAUGACUACGUUCCACACCAGCAAUACCUGAUGGGCAUUGCCAAUCAAAAUGUUUCGGAAUAUUCGGUGGACGACCCCGGCGGUCAUCGUCACCUGUUGAUGCCAAGUUGGGCUUAUCAGAUGGCCGCCAGUUACCUGUUCUUCAUUUGCGUGAUUGGAUUGAUUCUCAAUACCAUCGUCGUUAUCGUCCUUCUCAACGAUCCAAAGAAAAUGACACCUUUAAAUUGGAUGCUGUUGAAUCUGGCCUGUUCUGACGGUAUCAUCGCUGGAUUCGGAGCACCAAUAUCAGCAGCUGCCGCUUUCCAUUGCGGAUGGCCUUUCAGCCAUGAAUUGUGCGUCGUUUACGCCAUGAUAGUAUCGACGACAGGAAUAGCAUCGAUUACCACUUUAUCAGCUCUGGCCAUGUUGCGAUGCAAACUCGUCGUCCAGAAGCACGUCCAUCCGCCAAAUCGAAUCAGCGCCUUUACAAACCACAGCGUCCGGCUGAAACGUCACCAGGCAGCACUCCUUUUGACGCUCAUUUGGAGUUACUCUCUGGCCGUCACCUGUCCACCUUUGUUCGGAUGGGGCCACUAUGAUCGUGAAGCUGGUCACAUAAGCUGUUCGGUGAAUUGGGAAUUGAAGGUGGUUAAUAACCGGUCCUACAUCUUCUACGUGUUCGCCAUGGGCCAGUUAGUCCCGUCGGUGAUCAUCGUGGCCUCCUAUUUCAGCAUUUUACGCGUCGUCCGAAAAGUCAAGAGAGAAAUUGAACAGAGGAGUCUACUAGUGAAGCUGCAAACUAGCAUGCAGAAAAAUCGACGGCGUGACGCCGCCGAGAAACGGUCGACGGUGAUGGUGGCCGUCAUGAUCGGGGCUUUCAUCAUCACCUGGACCCCGUAUUCGAUUUUGGCGCUCAUCGAAUUUUUCAGCGACGAGCAUACCGUUUCGCCGGUUUGGGCCACUGUGCCUUGUAUUUUCGCUAAAACGGCGGUCGUUCUCAAUCCCAUUAUUUACGGCUUUUUAAACACUCAGUUUCGAUUGACUUGGGAGAAAUUCUCCAUUAGAUUUCUCGGCCGGCCCGGACGCCCAUACAGUGGCCAGUUGGCAGGCACGUCGAGCAACGAGCAGCCGCAAACGAGACAGCUUGCCGACUUUUCCCCUGCUGGCCGGCUGACAAAAAUCUUGGCGCAGAGCAUCAAUUCAUCGUCGAAAACCCGACAGAAUCUCAGCAGUCCUCCUUGUCUAGUUGAACGGCAACAACAACAAGAAGAAGGAGAGGAGAAACAAGAAAGUGUUUUGAUUGACGACCCAAACCAACUGCCAUCUCCGUCUUUGAUAAGCCCAGCAUCAGAAGCGACUGCGACCAGAUCGAGUAAUCCUUGUGUCAGAAUGGAAGGAGACGAACAAAAGGAGCAGCCCGUUUCGCUGGAGAUCGUUCGGUACCUCCCCAACGCCGACCUUCACCAAAUUCGGAUGCUGCAUCCGCUGGGAAUGCAUUAACGAAUCAGUAGACAAUAGAUUUCCCUUUCAAUCCCAAAUAACUGUUAUUUUGCGGAGCCCAUCAAGCUCUAUUGGAAGGGGGGGGGACGAACGUAUUACAUUUGAUUUUUUGAUAGUUUGUUCUUCGACGGGGUGCAACGCUUCUGGACUUGGUAUCCUUGGUAUAUUUUGGGUGAUCCGGUUGUUGAAAAUAAUUCCGCUACAAGAUGGAACUAUAAUGUAUUUUGCGGUGUGCUUUUGGCUACCCGAAUUCUUUUGAUAUUUGAUUGAAAAUGUGAACUUGUACAUGUAAUAAGACCGUUUUUGUACCGUAUCUCGGUAAAAUGUUAUUGACAAAUCUCGGCAAUUCGCUUAGCAACGUUUCCUCAUCCGUAAAACAUCAAGGACGAGAAAUCGAUUUUGAUGUAUACAGACUCAUAAAAUGCAGUUCAUGCGCAAACAUUGUAUUUGCAAAGUGGCAAUAUUUAAAAACAAACAAUUCGAUUCUAAAUACAUUUCACGAGAAAUUACAGUUGAUAAGAAAAUGUGUUGGAAUUAGCAAAUAUUUGGUUUUUGUUGACUUAUACCAGCAACGAGUUGAAGCUCUGGAAAGUUAUCCACUGAGUGAUGGGCCCAAGAUGAAGAUAUUUACGGCGGGAAAUUUGGAAAAAUCAAUUUUACCUUCGCGUGAAUAGAAAAUUUCGUCAAGUAAGACAUU